CCGGGCAGCGCGGGCCGCCGGGCCCCGGGGAGAAGCGGAGCCGAGAGGAGCGGGGGACACGGGCGGGGCCGCCGCAGCUCCGGAUGGGACCAGCGCCCUGGCCCGUUAGUCCAGGCAGGAGCUUCGGGGGAAGCCGUCACUGGGAGAGUCACCCCUGCCUUUCCCUCCCCUCUGGCCCAGGCCUCGCUUCGCUCCCUGCCUGCUCAUGUCCCAGUCCUUCCGCGGCCGGCGCCCUCCCUCCUCAGCCCGGGGCUCCCGCUUUUCGCAGCUUUUUGCCCUCCCGGCGGCCGGGUCUGCUGUGAGGUGCCCCCAGGCGGUUCUUUGUACCAACCUCCCCCAAGUCCUUGUCCCAUCUCAGGCUCAGAUCCCUCCCCUUCGAGGCUUGGGAUUGUCAGGCCAUUUCACCCCUCACUGUCCUCAUCCCGGUCGCAGGCCCCCUUGGUCCCUCCCUCCUUUUUGCCACCCUAUCCUUAAGUCUUUGGUCCUUGCUGCAGACUGAUAGCCCACUCCUUCCCAACCCAGGCUUUCCCCAAUCCCCUUCUUGCGUGGUCUCGAGCACUUUCUGUAUCCCGGCCCAACUAAGCCUGGCCCUACUUCUUCUCUUCCUGGCCCUGUGUCCCCAGGCUUCAGGCUGGGUGGUGCUUGUGCCUGCCCAGUAGGCCAGAGCGGCCCCUGGUUCGGGGGCCGUGGGUCAGCUGCUUUACCCCCAUGGCACUGCCAUCACUGCUGCUGGUGGUGGCAGCCUUGGCAGGUGGGGUGCGUCCUCCGGGGGCGCGGAACCUGACGCUGGCGGUGGUGCUGCCAGAACACAACCUGAGCUAUGCCUGGGCCUGGCCGCGGGUGGGUCCUGCUGUGGCACUGGCUGUGGAGGCGCUGGGCCGGGCACUGCCCGUGGACCUGCGGUUUGUCAGCUCCGAACUAGACGGCGCCUGUUCUGAGUACCUGGCACCACUUCGCGCCGUGGAUCUCAAGCUGUACCAUGACCCCGAUCUUCUGUUGGGCCCUGGUUGUGUGUACCCUGCUGCCUCUGUGGCUCGCUUUGCCUCACACUGGCACCUCCCCCUCCUGACUGCGGGUGCAGUGGCCUCUGGUUUUGCAGCUAAGAAUGAGCAUUACCGUACCCUGGUUCGCACUGGCCCCUCUGCUCCCAAGCUGGGUGAGUUUGUAGUGACAUUACACGGGCACUUCAAUUGGACUUCUCGGGCUGCCUUGCUGUAUCUGGAUGCUCGCACAGAUGACCGGCCCCACUACUUCACCAUCGAGGGCGUCUUUGAGGCCCUGCAGGGCAGCAACCUCAGUGUGCAGCACCAGGUGUAUGCCCGAGAGCCAGGUGGCCCUGAGCAAGCCACCCACUUCAUCAGAACCAACGGGCGCAUUGUGUAUAUCUGCGGCCCUGUGGAGAUGUUGCAUGAGAUCCUGCUUCAGGCCCAGAGGGAGAACCUGACCAAUGGGGACUAUGUCUUCUUUUACCUUGAUGUCUUUGGAGAGAGUCUCCGAGCAGGCCCCACACGUGCCGCAGGCCGGCCAUGGCAGGACAAUCGGACCCAGGACCAGGCCCAGGCCCUCAGAGAGGCCUUUCAGACUGUAUUGGUGAUCACAUACCGAGAACCCCCAAAUCCAGAGUAUCAGGAAUUUCAGAACCGCUUGCUGAUCAGAGCCCGGGAAGACUUUGGCGUGGAGCUGGCCCCAUCCCUGAUGAACCUCAUCGCGGGCUGUUUCUAUGACGGGGUCCUGCUCUAUGCCCAAGUCCUGAAUGAGACAAUACAGGAAGGAGGCACCCGGGAAGACGGGCUUCGGAUUGUGGAGAAGAUGCAAGGGCGAAGAUACCACGGUGUAACUGGACUGGUUGUUAUGGACAAGAACAAUGACCGAGAGACUGAUUUUGUCCUGUGGGCCAUGGGAGACUUGGAUUCGGGGGACUUUCAGCCAGCAGCCCACUACUCAGGAGCCGAGAAGCAGAUCUGGUGGACAGGCCGGCCUAUUCCCUGGGUGAAGGGGGCCCCACCUUUGGACAAUCCCCCCUGUGCCUUUGAUGCGGAGGACCCAUCCUGUGAUAAAACCCCCCUUUCCACUCUGGCAAUUGUGGCCCUGGGCACGGGAAUCACCUUCAUCAUGUUUGGCGUUUCCAGCUUCCUGAUCUUCCGAAAACUGAUGCUGGAGAAGGAGCUGGCUAGCAUGCUGUGGCGCAUCCGCUGGGAGGAACUACAGUUCGGCAACUCGGAUCGUUAUCAUAAAGGUGCAGGCAGUCGUCUGACACUGUCGCUGCGGGGAUCCAGUUACGGCUCGCUCAUGACAGCCCAUGGGAAAUACCAGAUCUUUGCCAACACCGGUCACUUCAAGGGAAAUGUUGUCGCCAUCAAACAUGUGAACAAGAAGCGCAUCGAGCUGACCCGGCAAGUUCUGUUUGAACUCAAACAUAUGAGAGAUGUUCAGUUCAACCAUCUUACUCGGUUCAUUGGCGCCUGCAUAGACCCUCCCAACAUUUGCAUCGUCACUGAAUACUGUCCUCGUGGGAGUUUACAAGAUAUUCUGGAAAACGACAGCAUCAAUUUGGACUGGAUGUUUCGCUAUUCGCUCAUUAAUGAUCUCGUGAAGGGUAUGGCCUUUCUCCACAACAGCAUUAUUUCAUCCCACGGAAGUCUCAAGUCCUCCAACUGUGUGGUGGACAGUCGUUUUGUGCUCAAGAUAACAGAUUAUGGUCUGGCUAGCUUCCGAUCGACUGCCGAACCUGACGACAGCCAUGCUCUCUAUGCCAAGAAGCUAUGGACUGCCCCCGAACUGCUUAGUGGGAACCCUUUGCCAACCACGGGCAUGCAGAAGGCAGACGUCUACAGCUUUGCAAUCAUUCUACAGGAAAUAGCACUUCGCAGUGGUCCUUUCUACUUGGAAGGCCUGGAUCUCAGUCCCAAAGAGAUUGUCCAGAAGGUGCGAAACGGCCAGAGGCCAUAUUUCCGGCCAAGCAUUGAUCGGACGCAACUGAACGAAGAGUUAGUUUUGCUGAUGGAGAGAUGCUGGGCCCAGGACCCGGCAGAACGUCCAGACUUCGGGCAAAUCAAAGGCUUCAUUCACCGGUUUAACAAGGAGGGUGGCACCAGCAUACUGGACAACCUCUUGCUGCGAAUGGAGCAGUACGCCAACAACCUGGAAAAGCUGGUGGAGGAGCGCACACAGGCAUAUCUAGAGGAGAAACGCAAGGCCGAAGCUCUGCUCUACCAAAUCCUACCCCAUUCUGUGGCCGAGCAGUUAAAACGGGGAGAGACAGUCCAGGCGGAGGCCUUUGACAGUGUUACCAUCUACUUCAGUGACAUUGUGGGCUUCACAGCACUGUCAGCUGAGAGCACGCCCAUGCAGGUGGUGACACUCCUUAAUGACCUUUAUACCUGCUUUGAUGCCAUAAUCGACAACUUUGAUGUCUACAAGGUGGAAACCAUUGGGGAUGCCUACAUGGUGGUAUCUGGCCUUCCAGGCCGAAAUGGUCAGCGGCAUGCACCAGAGAUUGCACGAAUGGCCCUAGCAUUACUAGAUGCAGUCUCUUCCUUCCGCAUCCGUCACCGACCCCAUGACCAGCUGAGGUUACGCAUCGGCGUCCAUACUGGGCCAGUCUGUGCUGGGGUUGUUGGCCUGAAGAUGCCCCGGUACUGCCUUUUUGGAGACACAGUAAACACUGCUUCUAGAAUGGAGUCCAAUGGUCAAGCUCUAAAGAUUCAUGUUUCCUCAACCACCAAGGAUGCCCUGGACGAGCUAGGAUGCUUUCAGCUAGAGCUCCGUGGGGAUGUGGAGAUGAAGGGAAAAGGAAAAAUGAGAACUUAUUGGCUCUUAGGAGAGCGAAAAGGACCUCCUGGACUCCUGUAAACCCCAAGCCAGACAAUCUCCUGCUGCUGGUACUUGGAUGGGCAAUGGACGCCGUCUCUCUACACAA